AUGGGGAGAUACUCUGUUAAGAGGUAUAAGACGAAAAGAAGAACGAAAGAUCUUGACUUGAUUUUUGAUGAACUAAGUUCAAAAGAAAAAAUUAAUCAGCUACUACACCAACCGCUAGAUGAAACAAAACCAGGACUGGGACAGCACUAUUGCAUACAUUGUGCAAAGUACUUUGAGACUCCUUCAGCUUUGAAAACGCACUUGAAGGGUAAAGUGCACAAAAGGAGAGUCAAAGAUCUAAAGGGUGUACCAUACACGCAGGAAGUGGCGGAUGCAGCAGCGGGCCAUGGCCUUCAAAAAUUGCUUGAUAGAGUUAAAGAGAUCAAAGACAAGGUUGGACCUGAAAAAGAGACAAACGAAAUAUAUCUUACACAACAUCUAAAAGAGACUCUUGCUAAUGCGGCUACUACUGAGCCAACUCUUCCGUACCUCGAAUCUGGAACACCCGAGAAUGUUACACAACCUUCCUCAUCUGUGGUAAAGGAUAAGGAUGGUGAGGUUGUAAUGCAAUAA